AUGGCUCCUCCCAGCUUCCUCAUCAAGAAUGUCCGUAUCUUCGACGGCGAGCGUUCAGUAGAAUGUGGCUCGGUACUUGUCGAGGACGGCAAGAUAUACAGGGUGGAAGCCGGCGACAGUGACUACGAUGGCAAUAUCAUCUCGAAGCCUGGGCAUACGCUGUUGCCCGGCCUGAUAGAUGCUCACAUACACGCCGACAGCGCAAACCCGGUAGCUCUACCGCAAUCUCUACGAUUUGGCGUAACGACAGCUUGUGAUAUGCAUAAUGAAAGCUACAACAUUGAGAAGCUCCGAAAGCAGGUGGAGGCGGGAGACUGCGCAGACAUCAAGACGACUUCUUUCGCGGCGACGAUCGACAUGGGCUGGCCCAUGCCUGUUGUGCUAAUGCAUCACGACACGCCAGAGGUGCGUGAAGAGAUAGCGACUUGGCCGAAGCUUACUACGCCAGACAGUGGACGGCAGUAUGUUCGGGAUCGGCUGAAGGACAAGGUUGACUACAUCAAACUCAUGCACGAGAGCGGCACAAUACUUGGUCAUACUUUCAACAAACCCUCGCUGGAGCUGCAGAAGGCAAUCAUCGAAGAGGCACACAAGCACGGCUUGAUCACGGUGGCACAUUGCACCUGUCUCGCGGAUACCCUGGAGAUUCUGAGCUGCGGAAUAGACGGUCUCGCGCAUACAUUCGUUGAUAAGCCACCAACGCAGGAGCUGAUAGAAGCGUACAAGAAGAACGGCGCACAUUGCUGCCCGACGUUGGCUUGCAUGGCUUCCGCUACGACUCAAGGCCAGACGCUCCAAGAAAAGUAUGCUCACGACCCACGCGUGCAGAAUCUCAUCGGGGAGGAGGAGAGAGGACGAAUGUGUAUGUGCAUGUCAUUCGCGAAGGAGACAGGCACUCAAGAGAAUGCUUUCGAGAGUGUGCGGCAGCUGAAGAAGGCUGGCGUGCCCAUAAUCGUAGGUUCUGAUGCCGCAUCACCGGCAGUAGGGACGGCUUGGGGACUUUCAGUCCAUCAUGAGUUGGCACUGUUUGUCAAUGAGUGCGGCUUCACGCCCAUCGAAGCACUCCGAGCUGCGACGUCGUUGAGUGCCCAGAGGUUAAACUUUUCGGAUCGUGGCCAGAUCAAGCCUGGCCUGAGAGCGGACCUCGUGCUUGUUGAAGGGAACCCGUUAGAAGACAUUAAUUGCACGCUCGAUCUGAGAGCGGUCUGGAAAGCCGGAGAGCUGUGUUCUGCGUACAAAGGUACGCUUUGA